AUGAAGAAGACGUUCCCGCUGCGGUGGACCUUUUCUGACAACCGGGGCUACUACAGCCCCCCGGUGUACAUGCCGCUGGAGUACGCCAGCCGCAUCACAAAUCAGAAGCAGCUGGUCUUCACGCACCCUAAGGACCCUAAAUACACGUGGAACACCGGCAUCAACGAGUUGUCGAGUCUCCAUCCCGGUAUCCUUGGACCGGGGCGUAAGACGCCGCAGCUGAAUUACACGAGCCGCGGUGGUAUCAUCUGCGAGAUUCCACCAGUGCCGGUGUACCGGGCCCACAUAUGGUGCAUGGGCCAUGGCCACUUCGUUCUUCAGCACCCGCGCAUCUUUAUCAAGUGCCCGCGCAACAAAGUAGUCUGCUGCAAGUGGUGCCGUCUCAAGUUUAUUAACAUGUCGACUGACGAGGACAACGACGAUGACUGGGCCGAGGAGGAGCAGAAGAUUUCAACAACGCCGGAGUCUGAGGUGGAUCUACGGCAGCCAAUUCGUGACAUGGGUGGUGUGCUGCGCAGCAGCCCGUUCCAGGACGGCAAGGAGCCGGACCCAUAUGUGUACCGCGCCGUCUUUGAUCCGGAGCGAUACCGCUGGAAGCAUCCCUGCAAGGAAGACUACGAGGUGCAUCCAGCAUACGCCAAGCAAGACGGUGCCUGCGCGCACUCUGGCCAUCAUUCGUCAACGAGCGUGCCCGUGGAGUGA